GGAAAAUGUUUUCCGGGCACCAGUGAAGCGCCAGGGAUGAAUGACCUUUGACCUUCUUUAAUCAUGAUCAACACUGGAAAGCUUGCAGGGCGUACCCUUUUCAUCACAGGGGCCAGUCGUGGCAUCGGCAAGGCCAUAGCCCUGAAGGCAGCCAAGGAUGGAGCUAAUAUCAUCAUUGCCGCUAAGACUGUUACCGCUCAUCCCAAAUUACCGGGAACCAUCUAUACAGCUGCAAAGGAAGUUGAAGCAGCGGGCGGCAAGUGCCUCCCAUGUGUAGUUGACAUCCAGAAUGAGGGACAGGUCCAGGCUGCAGUGGAUGAGGCCGUGAAGACGUUUGGAGGCAUCGACAUUCUCAUUAAUAACGCCAGCGCUAUCUCACUGACUGGAACGCUGCAGACACCAAUGAAGAAGUAUGACCUCAUGAACAACGUCAAUACAAGAGGAACUUACUUGGUUUCAAGAGCCUGUAUACCGUACUUGAAGAAAGGCAUCAAUCCCCAUAUUCUAAAUCUUAGCCCCCCUCUCACCAUGCAGCAAAAGUGGUUCAAAGGUCACGUAGCCUACUCAAUUGCCAAGUAUGGGAUGUCGAUGUGUGUGCUUGGAAUGUCGGGAGAGUUCCAAUCAGAUGGUGUUGCAGUCAACGCUCUGUGGCCCAAAACAGCAAUUUGGACUGCAGCCAUGAGCAUGUUGGGAGGUGGGGAAGAUGCCAUCAUGAAACAAUGUCGCACCCCGGACAUCAUCGCCGAUGCAGCUUACGCCAUCCUAUCCAAAGACAGUAAAUCAUACACCGGGAACUUCUGUAUUGAUGAAGACGUCCUGAAGGAAAUCGGAGAGACUGAUUUGGAGAAGUAUGCUUGUGAGCCUGGUAAUGACCUUCUACCAGAUUUCUUCUUGCCUGACGAGGAACCAAUGGACAUUAAGAGUCAGCUAGAGAAAGGAGGCGGCAAGCCGGCUUUCUCUGAAGAAGCAGCAGGCGGCAGCGGGAAGAUUGAGAAGGUGUUUGAGAACAUCCGAGGAUUGCUCGAUGAAUCUUUUGUCAACUCGACGAAGGCUGUUUAUCAGUUUGAACUUAAAGGUGCUGAAGCAGGAGAAUGGUACGUGGACCUGAAGAACGGCUCUGGCAGUGCCGGCAGCGGAGCAGCUCCAGGUGGUUCCCCAGAUGUCAUCAUGAAGCUGGACUCCGCAGACUUCUUGAAGAUGUUCCAGGGCGAGCUAAAACCGACUGCAGCUUUCAUGUCCGGUAAACUCAAGAUGGAUGGUGACUUGAUGAAAGCCAUGAAGCUUGAGACGCUUAUGAAGAAACUUCCAUCUUCUAAACUUUAGUUGGGUUUCUUCAGAGUCUGUAUUCUUUAAGUGUAUUGCAUUAGAGCAUCAAGGUUUUCAAACUAAUGUUUCAAACUGGCAUCAAAAUAAUUUAGGUUGUCAUGCUAACUGGCAAACCAAGUGUUUACAAGCUAUCCGAGUCUGUGUCUUUGAAAUUUUCACGUUAACCUGUCCUCAGGCCGGGUUUCAUACAGCUGCUGAAGCAGAAAAUAUUGCGUAAAAGUUUUCUGCUUAGCGAAAAAAAAUAUAGGUUACCGGUCAAAAUGGAACAUUAACAUUGCAUUUCAACUGGUAACCUUAAUCUGGUAAGCAUAAUGUUGCUGUGCUUAGCUACUGUUUGUUCUUAAGCAGCUCUAUGAAAUUAGGCCCUGGCACGAAGUGAGCAAGACAAACUGAGCAAUGACAGCCCCAUAGAGCUGCUUACCACAUAAUUCUCUGCUUCAACACCCAGUAAAUUAAUGUGAUUCUAUGAGCUGUAAGCACAGAAUUAUGCAGUAAGCAGAGCCAUGAGAUGGGGGCCCUGUACUAUUUAGAGGGUUAACCCCGAUUCAUAGUUCCUGCGAAGGAGUAUGCAAAGCCGAUUUCGACGUCACAGUAAUGUUUUUUCUGCAAAUGUUUUCACAGGAGUUUAACAAAAGACAACUGUUGGGAAUUAUUUGUUUGCACGUUUGUGACGUCCAAAAUUGUAUUAAAGGCAGUGGACUCUAUUGGUAAUUACUCAAAAUAAUUAUGAGCAUAAAACCUUACUUGGUAACG